AUGAGCUCUUCUCUUUUUCCACCACCUCCGUCCUUGCGGCAUCCAUUUGAUCGCCGUGUGGACGAGGUCAAGCCCUCCAAAGCAGACUUGAACUUCCUCAUCAUGGACUAUUUGAUCAAUGAAGGCUAUCCUGACGCUGCCAUGAACUUCGCCAAAGAAGCAAGCAUCGUUCCAUCGGCCGACGGUGAAGCCAUCCAAGAAAGAGUAGACAUCCGUAACGCCAUCCAUACCGGUGACAUGCAGCUUGCCAUUGAGCGCAUCAAUGAACUCAAUCCACAGAUUCUUGACAAUGACCCGACUCUGCACUUCCAGUUGUUACGCCUGCAGCUGAUCGAACUUAUUCGUGAAAUCGUGAAUGCGCCGGGUCCUCCAUCACAGACUGCCUUCACGCCUGCUCUCGAGUUUGCGACUUCACAACUCGCUCCACGGGCCCCAACUUCGCCUGCCUUCUUGCAAGAUCUUGAACGCACAAUGGCCCUGUUGAUCUUCCCGUCGGACAAGCUCACCCCUCAACUCAAACAACUUCUCGAUCUCAGUUUGAGACAGACAGUGGCUAGUCAUGUCAAUGAAGCCAUCCUGUCUUCUCAAGGCCAGAGACGUGAGGCGCGCAUACGCAAUCUUGUUCGCCUCAGAGCAUGGGCCGAGCAGAGGGCGCGUGAGACCAAGAGCUCCGAGUUGCCUGAAAAGAUCAGCUUGGGCUUGGACACUCAACCCGACGACUAUAUCAACGGCGAGGCUAUGAUUACGUGA